AAAAGCAGUUAGUCAGUAAUAUAGUGCCAUCACUGUAAGCAAGUUCUCAAAAUUUUCUCAAAUAACUAUUACCGAUCCAACCUUGUGUCAUCAUGAAAUAUUCUUCGUUUCGUUAAUUAUUAAUUGAUGGGGAUUAAAAUAUUACUCAGAAAACAUUUGUUCGAAGAAUUAAAUCUACUCAAGUACAUGCUUAUCAUAAUUACAGCCGUUUUAGUGUCGUGGCAAAUAGACCGGGUUGAGCGGACGACUGCAACAAUAGACUACGGGCGGUCCGGGCUACCUGAGUAUGAAUAGCUGAAUGUGUUGGAUACGUCCAAAAACGUAUGGGAUCGCGUCUCCGGAAGGCGAAAAAAGAAAAUAGUGGAAUUGGUGGUAAGGGUGCUAGUAAAUUGACUGAUAAAGUAAUCACUCAGUUGUCUGCGUACUACGGAUUAGCUAUCCGUCGUCAUCCUGAAUCCGUUGAAGAUAUGAAACGAGAAAUAUGGGCCACGUACUUGCAUAAAAUUUCAACUGAUAAGAACCCUCAGCACAUGAAUUGCCCUCCUGAACCAGACAGCUGGUGCAAGUGGCAGAAAGCAGCGGCCGAAGGAACUGAGGAUGACUUUCACCAUGAAAAUCCACCUCUAACUGAUAAGGUUUUAAAAGUUAUGAAACCUAUUUAUGAAUGCUUAUCAGAUGAUUCUUUAUUAGAACGUUGCUUGGGCAGCGAAACUCAAAAUAACAACGAGUCACUUAACUCUUUAAUAUGGACAUUUGCACCCAAACAUGUCCAUGCCGAGUCCCAGACAAUUGAGAUUGCUAAUUGUUUAACAGUUUGCAUUUUCAAUGAAGGCUUUUAUCCUAUUUUACAAAUAAUGAGUCUAAUGGGAAUAAAAAUAGGUCUGGAAUCCUAUGGGUUUGCUGUUAGGCGCAACGCAGCAAGGAUUGAACGGUCUGAGGUUCGAGCUUCAGAUGCUUCAAAAAAGGAAAGAACUGCUCGUUAUACAGAGAGAAAUGCUGAAAACAGUCAAUAUAAAGUAGAGGAAGUCCCAAUGUAUGAAGCUGGGAUGGCUGAUUAAGAGAAUAUGGAUACAAAGGGAGAAAUCCUUUUCACGAGGACACGGCCUUUUUUUUUUUCUCUACUUCAAGGACUUAUAUCUUU